AGGCGGCCUCGUAUCGCCCCCCCCCCCAACCUCUCACCGGCCACCUGUGGUACUAGCACGGUGCGGAGCGCCCCCCCGAAAUCUCCCCCAGUCACUGGCAGCCGGGCCUCGUCUUCCCCCUCCGCCCGGGCAGGGGAAAGCGUAAAAGCUCUGCAAGUCUGCAAUAAAAAUGGCCUCCAAUAAAACUACAUUGCACAAAAUGGGAAAGAAACAGAAUGGCAAAGGUAAAAAGGUUGAAGAGGCAGAGCCUGAAGAAUUUGUUGUGGAGAAAGUUCUGGACAGACGUGUUGUAAAUGGAAAGGUGGAAUACUACUUGAAGUGGAAAGGAUUUACAGAUGCUGACAAUACAUGGGAACCUGAAGAAAACUUAGAUUGUCCGGAGCUAAUCGAAGCUUUUCUGAACUCUCAGAAAGCUGGUAAAGAGAAAACAGAUGGUGCCAAAAGAAAAUCUUUGUCAGAUAGCGAAUCUGAUGAUAGUAAAUCAAAGAAAAAGCGUGACUCUGUUGAUAAACCAAGAGGGUUUGCAAGGGGUCUUGAUCCUGAGCGGAUAAUUGGGGCUACGGAUAGCAGUGGAGAGCUUAUGUUUCUCAUGAAAUGGAAAGACUCUGAUGAGGCAGAUCUGGUGCUGGCCAAAGAAGCAAACGUGAAGUGUCCUCAGAUUGUAAUUGCUUUUUAUGAAGAGCGACUAACUUGGCAUUCAUGCCCAGAAGAUGAAGCACAAUAAUUGUUUGCAUUGCUUUUUUAUAUAUAUGAAUAUUAAAACCUGAAAUUUGAUUUGUUAGCCAUGUGAGAAACAUACAUUCUAACAAGAAUUAAAUUUGAUAUUUUUUUGAAGUAGUAUGUUUUGCAUCAACAGCAAGUAAAUAAAAGCUUUCUGCAACUUGUUUCAUUUAUCACAAGAGAGCAUUUGAUACUACUACUUCCUCCAUAUUAGGUAAAAGCUUUUAUAAAAUGUUCAUAAACUUCCAUAGUUAUUACAGAAUCAUAAUGAAUGUUUAAACAAACUCACAGAUGUUUUGUAGUCUUCUAUACUAUUGAUGUGCAUGUAUCUUCUUUACCCAAGCCCCUAGCCCUUUAAACCUGUAGAGUUAUUCUUUUUAGUAUUUGGGAUCACUUGGUCUCGAGAAGACCAAGUGACAACUAACUUUGUAGUAAUUUGAAUGUUAUCAGACUGUAUAUUGUUUACUUUAUUGUAAAUACUGGUGAACAGUGGUCAAUAAAAUAGUUUUAUAUUCUUCCUUUA